AUGGAUCAUAAAACAGGAGAUAAAAAGAAAGCACAGGAAGAGGAGAGAGUGAGGAGACUCUCAUCGGACCUCCACUGUGAGAUUUUAGAUCUAAGUGCAGGAGAUAAUAUCCCAGAGGGAUGCAAAAGAACAAAGAAGAUCAAGACAACCUACCCACCCAGAGUGUCGGUAGAAACCCCUGUGACACGGCCUGUGGAUGCUGCUGAAUUCAUGAAUGCAGCCAGUCAAGGCAAAGUGAAUGUAAUAGACGUGUAUCUGGCUGAUGGCGGGAACCCUAAUGCCCAGGAUGAGUUGAAGAGGACAGCGCUGCAUCGUGCCUCUCUGGAGGGACACACUGCAGUUGUCCAAAUGCUGUUAGAAAAAGGAGCCGAUAUCAACCUAAAAGAUCAACUGGGCUCCAGGGCCAUACACUGUGCCUGCAGAGGGGGAAGUCUAGGAGUCGUAAAAGCCCUGAAGAGUCAUGGGGCUGACCUUAAUGUUAGAGAUAAGCUGUACAGCACUCCUCUGCAUGUGGCCACAAGAACAGGACACACCACCAUUGUGGAGUACCUGCUGUCCUGUGGUGCCAAAAUGAACUCCAGGGACAGGGAAGGUGACACGGCCCUGCACGAUGCAGUGCGUCUCAACAGAUACAAGAUAGUGAAGCUGCUCAUAGCUGCGGGAGCUGACACAAAAAUAAAAAAUCAUUGUGAUUACAGGAGGGAGUGACGGCAUCGCAGCAGGUAAAACAAUGGCAGUCGGACAUCAUGGAGACCCUGCAGAG